ACAACACCUUCGCAAACAGCAGCUCUUCACUCCCCACACUCAGCUGCUGUGGGCAAGGAGGGCAGGAAGCCAGAGUCUGGAGAACUCCGGGUGUGGACCUGGCUCUGGCCCUGACCCCUGAUGCAGGAACAUGGAGCUGAUCCAGGACACCCUCCGCCAGCCUCUGGAGUAUGUGAAGGGGGUCCCGCUCAUCAAGUACUUUGCAGAGACACUGGGGCCCCUGGAGAGCUUCCGGGCCCGGCCCGAUGACCUGCUCAUCAGCACCUACCCCAAGUCUGGCACCACCUGGGUGAGCCAGGUACUGGACAUGAUCUAUCAGGAUGGCGACCUGGACAAGUGUCACCGGGCUCCCAUCUUCAUUCGGGUGCCCUUUCUUGAGUUCAAAGCCCCAGGGGUUCCCUCAGGGCUGGAGACUCUGAAAGAUACGCCGGCCCCAAGGCUCCUAAAGACGCACCUGCCCCUGGCUCUGGUCCCCCAGACCCUGCUGGAUCAGAAGGUCAAGGUGGUCUAUGUUGCCCGCAACGCAAAGGACGUGGCCGUCUCUUACUACCACUUCCACCGCAUGGUGAAGGUGCUUCCUGAGCCUGGGACCUGGGACAGCUUCCUGGAGAAGUUCAUGGCCGGAGAAGUGUCCUACGGGUCCUGGUACCAGCACGUGCAGGAGUGGUGGGAGCUGAGCCGCACACACCCUGUUCUCUACCUCUUCUAUGAAGACAUGAAGGAGAACCCCAAAAGGGAGAUUCGGAAGAUCCUGGAGUUUGUGGGGCGCUCCCUGCCGGAGGACACCCUGGACCUCAUCGUUCAGCACACGUCAUUCAAGGAGAUGAAGAAGAACCCCAUGACCAACUACUCCACCCUCCCCAAGGAGUUCAUGGACCACAGCAUCUCCCCCUUCAUGAGGAGAGGCACGGCUGGGGACUGGAAAACCACCUUCACUGUGGCGCAGAAUGAGCGCUUCGACGCGGACUAUGCAGAGAAGAUGGCAGGCUGCAGCCUCAGCUUCCGCUCCCAGCUGUGACAGGGGCUCCCGGGGUCACUGCAGAGGGAGUGUGCGAGUCAAGCCUGACCACGGGGCUCAGGAAUAAAGCGUGAUUUGUGUUCAAUGCA